AAGGGACAAGAAUUAUUUUUGUGAAAGAUUUAUGUUGAAUGAGCUUAUAUAAAAGACUUAUAAAGGAUAUUGAUACACUUCACAGUUCACACCACACGUCAAAACGAGUAACUUAGACAGUUUGAGUUUGACACUAAUUCGCGCCAAAUGAGUACUCUUUUUCCAUUGGUCAAUAUCUUCGGUGAACUACGAACUGCCAGCGCGAACGUGGGCGACAAAAUUAAUAAGCAAAACGAUAUACAUACCUAUUAUCAUUGAAUUUAUAGAUAGUUAUAAAUUCAAUGCUAUUAUAGUGCAUGCAUCAAAAAGGUAAAAAACGUGUUUCAUUUCCCCGACACCCUGAGGGACACCGGAGGCGGCUGAUCAGGGUUUCCUGACCCUCUUCAGCCAGUGAACGGGAAUGUAAAGGAUGGCGGGCAAAGUUAAGGAUGGGAACGGAAGGAAUGGAGUGGGUGCUGAGAGGGAAAAGUAAUGCUCCAGCAUUCGCCUCGUAGAUUUGAACAUAAUUCUAACAUUGCGAAGCUACGUACGUCUGAGGAAAACACAAAACCCUCCGACAAAACCCACAACCUCCCGAAUUGGCAUGCAUUUAUAAUAUUGUUCCACAAUAGGUCCCUAGUUUUUAACUAACACGGUUUCGGAAUUCUUGUUGGGUAAAAUGAUUGCUUUAUUGCCAUUACAAAACAAAAAUGAAAAUGUUAUUCGGUUAUUACGGGAUUACUUUUAUGAUCAUCAGAUUUAUAGUUUCAAAUUUCCCAGAACUUUUGACGUUUCACAAAGAGGGCGUGGAAUGUGCGCACAUAUUAGAUGUCAUAAAGAAGACGCUGUCAAAUUGAAGUUUUAAAAACAUUUAUUUUUUAUUUUCUUUAAUUUCUUGUUUACAAAAUACUAGAAAAUGAUAAAAUAAACGUGCUAUUUGAAAAUACCCUACUACGGUUAACCUGUAAUUAAAGCGUGUAGGUGACAAAUAUUAGGUAUUAUGUAAAUGUAAUUUAUAAAUAGUGCAAUCUUGAGGUUUGCUUUAAUAGUAAGUACAAAUGUUAUUGUACUUCAAUUAAUAGUACAUUGGAAGAUAUGCCUGCUCCAUUAACUGUUCUCUUAGAACCAGACCCAGAAUGUCGCAGCAUGACUGACAGUGUAGGAUCCCAUUCAGAUUUAUCAGGAACCGUUCAAGGUGGAAGCUCAAGUAGUAGUAUUAGUAUACGAACACACAUGGACGUCGUAUGUGUUCUUGAUAUUUGUCAGACGACUAAUUUAUCCCAUAGGAAGAAAGCGCUCGAAGAUGUUCGCCAAGCUUGCCUGCAUGUAGGUGCAAAUAUUAACCAUAUACAAUUUGAGAAGCUUGAUUUCGGUGAAUCAAAUGUUGUUAGCAGCUUCUAUAACGCAGAUGUUGCCAUUGUGGAUUUAUCGAUUCCUGUUCAACAAAGCACGUUAUUUUAUCACCUAGGAGUUCGAGAAAGUUUUAAUAUGAAACAGAAUAUAUUAUUAUUUAACGAUACCGAUUCGGAAGCAACCGUCAGGCUUAAGUUAUCAUGUGGAAAUUACUCUUUCAUUUCGUAUACAUUAUCUGAGACUAGUAUUUCAUGUCUGACAACCUCGGCAGGAGUAAGAAUUGAUGAAAUUGGAGAAUCUCUCCAUCAUCGACUGCGCAAAUUACUACAAGAUGUCGAAAUCCAAAGCAAAGCUCACAUGAAAGAAAAAUUUCUCACCGAUUUGAAGAAGCUAAGAGAACAAGCUACCGGACCAGAGUUGCGAGAUGCUUUGCAGAAUAUACGAAAACGGUUGGACGAUCCUCAUGUGUUAUCUGGAGAAGUGGUAUUGAAUAUGUUGUUUUGCUUCCGCGAUAUCCAAGAUUAUGAUGCUAUGGUUCAACUUGUGGAUGAUCUUAGAACUCUGCCUGCAUCACGCAAUUAUUUAAAUUCUUACAUUUGGUAUUGGUACGCCUUUGCGUUAAAUAGGCGGAAAGAAGAUGGCGAUAGAGAGAAGGCGUUGCAAGUUUGCGUUAGGGCGUUGAAAAAGAAAGAAAAUCAUUUUCCAGAUAUGCUUUGCUUAUGUGGACGUAUAUAUAAAGACAAAUUUAUUGAAUCAAAUCAUUCGGAUACAGAGAGCUUAAACCAGGCAGUUCAUUGGUACAGGAAAGGUUUUGAGGUGCAACCAAACGAAUAUGCCGGUAUUAAUCUGGCUACUCUCCUAGUUAUUCUUGGGGCCGAAAUAGGAAAGUCCGAGGAAUUACAACACAUCGGAAUGGUUUUAAAUAAUCUAAUCGGCAAAAAGGGCAGUUUGGAAUCGUUACAAGAUUACUGGGAUGUCGCUACGUUUUUUGAAAUUUCGGUUUUGGUGCAACAUUACACUAAUGCAGUUCAGGCCGCCGAAUGUAUGUUCAAGCUCAAACCGCCGGAUUGGUAUCUCAAGUCGACUAUUGGGAAUAUCGAGUUGAUCGAUAGAUUUCGUCGGAGGAAGGAUGACGAACGCUCACCUGAAGAACAAAUUUUUCAUUUUUGGAUGGAAUUUUUUCUUGAAGCUACUCGUGCUCCUGCAGAUGAUAGUAUUAGAUUUCCGGCUUUGGUUCUUGAGCCAAGCAAGGAACUAAUGCCUACGUAUGUUUGUGUUAAUCUGGAAACCGAACAAAAGUCUUUACAAGUAACUAAUUUAUGUGUGGAAAGUUUACGUGGCACCUGCACACAAAUGCACGACUUCGAAUUUACUGCCGCAAUGAUACGUAGCGUCAGUCUUUACAAACGUGAUGACCGUUGCCUGUUUUUAUAUGUAAAUCAAAAUUCAGACGAUUUUCAAAUUUUUUUGCCAUCCGAGGCGUGCAGAGAACGAAUUCACAGUCUGAUCUUGGAACUAACAGUUGACCAAGAAGGAUUAGUGGAGAUGGAACCUCCACGCGAGAUUCGUUUUGAGUAUGAAAUGGACGAGCUGUCCAAGCGGGUAAUUCUAGGCAAGGGUACCUACGGUGUCGUUUACGCUGCUCGUGAUCUCAACACACAAGUUCGUAUCGCCGUAAAGGAGGUGCCUGAGAAAAAUUUGGGUGCUGUGCAACCGUUACACGAAGAGAUACGUCUUCACUCUCAAUUACGCCAUCGGAAUAUAGUCCAAUAUUUGGGUUCACUUUCUGAAAAUAAUUAUUUUAAAAUAUUUAUGGAACAAGUACCUGGAGGUUCCCUUAGCGCACUUUUACGCUCUAAGUGGGGCCCGCUUAAAGAAAACGAGCAUACGAUUGCGUAUUACACACGUCAGAUUUUAGAAGGGUUGAAGUAUUUGCACGAUCAGAAAAUUGUGCAUCGUGAUAUCAAAGGUGACAAUGUAUUAGUGAACACCUACAGUGGAGUUGUGAAAAUAUCAGACUUUGGUACUUCGAAAAGAUUAGCCGGACUUUGUACGAGCACAGAAACUUUCGCCGGAACUCUACAGUACAUGGCUCCAGAAGUGAUAGACAAAGGUCAAAGAGGGUAUGGAGCUCCUGCUGAUAUUUGGUCUCUAGGAUGCACUGUUGUCGAAAUGGCCACAGGGAAACCUCCAUUCAUCGAACUAGGAUCUCCCCAAGCUGCCAUAUUUAAGGUUGGUUAUUAUAAAGUACAUCCUCGAGUGCCAGAAGAGUUGUCAGAUCGAGCUCGGUCAUUUAUACUUCGUUGCUUUGAACCUGAUCCUGAUAGUCGAGCCACUGCUCAGCAACUUUUGGAUGACCCCUUUCUCGGGGAACGCAAGAAAAGUGUGAGGUUAAAUACAGAAUUUAACAGAAGUGUAUCGGUACCUGCUGAUAGAGCAAAUCCUCGAUAUUCUGGCCACUCAAGUACACAGAGUCAAACACCAACCACUCCAGAAUCUGACGCUUCUAUGAAACAAUGUAUUAAUCUGGCUACUCUCCUAGUUAUUCUUGGGGCCGAAAUAGGAAAGUCCGAGGAAUUACAACACAUCGGAAUGGUUUUAAAUAAUCUAAUCGGCAAAAAGGGCAGUUUGGAAUCGUUACAAGAUUACUGGGAUGUCGCUACGUUUUUUGAAAUUUCGGUUUUGGUGCAACAUUACACUAAUGCAGUUCAGGCCGCCGAAUGUAUGUUCAAGCUCAAACCGCCGGAUUGGUAUCUCAAGUCGACUAUUGGGAAUAUCGAGUUGAUCGAUAGAUUUCGUCGGAGGAAGGAUGACGAACGCUCACCUGAAGAACAAGUAACUAAUUUAUGUGUGGAAAGUUUACGUGGCACCUGCACACAAAUGCACGACUUCGAAUUUACUGCCGCAAUGAUACGUAGCGUCAGUCUUUACAAACGUGAUGACCGUUGCCUGUUUUUAUAUGUAAAUCAAAAUUCAGACGAUUUUCAAAUUUUUUUGCCAUCCGAGGCGUGCAGAGAACGAAUUCACAGUCUGAUCUUGGAACUAACAGUUGACCAAGAAGGAUUAGUGGAGAUGGAACCUCCACGCGAGAUUCGUUUUGAGUAUGAAAUGGACGAGCUGUCCAAGCGGGUAAUUCUAGGCAAGGGUACCUACGGUGUCGUUUACGCUGCUCGUGAUCUCAACACACAAGUUCGUAUCGCCGUAAAGGAGGUGCCUGAGAAAAAUUUGGGUGCUGUGCAACCGUUACACGAAGAGAUACGUCUUCACUCUCAAUUACGCCAUCGGAAUAUAGUCCAAUAUUUGGGUUCACUUUCUGAAAAUAAUUAUUUUAAAAUAUUUAUGGAACAAGUACCUGGAGGUUCCCUUAGCGCACUUUUACGCUCUAAGUGGGGCCCGCUUAAAGAAAACGAGCAUACGAUUGCGUAUUACACACGUCAGAUUUUAGAAGGGUUGAAGUAUUUGCACGAUCAGAAAAUUGUGCAUCGUGAUAUCAAAGGUGACAAUGUAUUAGUGAACACCUACAGUGGAGUUGUGAAAAUAUCAGACUUUGGUACUUCGAAAAGAUUAGCCGGACUUUGUACGAGCACAGAAACUUUCGCCGGAACUCUACAGUACAUGGCUCCAGAAGUGAUAGACAAAGGUCAAAGAGGGUAUGGAGCUCCUGCUGAUAUUUGGUCUCUAGGAUGCACUGUUGUCGAAAUGGCCACAGCCUACUGCGAUCUUUUACCGCGCAUCAUCUGUCAUUCACAUGGUAAAUUUUUGCAAAUGGUUACUCAAUUACAAGCAUCGAGAAUUGACGUGAUCUUUGAUCAGUACUUUACACCAUCCAUCAAAGAUUACGAGCAUUCCCAACGGUUUGAAUCUACGCAAUUAGAGUAG